GGACAGGCUGCUCUACACUUUCUUUAAGCCAGGAUUAGAACUACAGGUAGGACAUGGAAAACGCUACAGCCCCCUCCAACACCUUGGAGCUGGUGUUUAAAGAAGACACUGCACUGACAGAGAUGAUGCGUCUGCGGGUGUCCUCUCUGCAGCGCUCGGGGCAGAAGCGUCAGGAUGGGGAGCGCCUGCUCCUCCCCCACGAGGCCGUGUACCGGCUGGACUUCCCCACCCAGGAGCUGCACUUCUCCCGCUGGUACUUCUCCCUCUCAGCCCACGGGCGGGUCACCAUCACCGGUAUCUCUCAGCAUUGGACCCCCGACCUCACCCACCUGAUGACCCGUCAACUGCUAGAACCCAUCGGAACGUUUUGGAGAAACGCCAACGACCCGGAGGAAACCCCGCUCAAGUGGCUGGAGGCGGACAUGCAGGAGUUCGGCGAAAGGAUUGCUGAGCUGGCGAAGGUCAGGAAGGUCAUGUACUUCCUGUUUGCUUUCAAGGAUGGGGCAGAGGCUGCAAAUCUAAACUGCUCGGUGGAGUUCACCCCGGAGGAAUGACUGCAGUCUGUCAGUACCAUCCUGUUAGUGCUGCAUCGCAAUACUUUGUUCAAUAUUUGACCCUAAGAGAAACAAAUAUAUCAUCUCACAUACUCUCCCUCAAAAUGUCUUUCUGAUCUCUUCGUCUGCUGGUGUUCUGUCAUUGUAUAGUAACAAGAUUGUAGUUCAAACAUUUUUGUGCACAACUUAGGUUAGACUUAAUACCUUACCACCUAACUACUUACAACAUUUCAAGCACGUCAAACAUAUUUAGAAAAAAAGAAAAAGUAUGAAUGCACUUUAUUUACAGGGAACUAAUGCUACUUCAAAGAACAAUGUAUCUCUAAAAUAAAUUACACGUGAGCAGAAAUAAGAGCAUUCUUUCAAUAAAUUCUUAAAUAACAAACGUAUGAGGAUACGCUCUAUACAUCCACUUGUUAAUAAAACACGCCUUUCCUGAUUGGCCACAUGUUGUGAUAAUAUGUUUGAGUUUACUGAUUGGCUGAAUAUUGUAAUAAUGUGUUGAAUAUAUAACUGUCUUUAUAUUUUCUUUCUGAAUUCUCUCAUGGCUUGCUGAACAGAACAAGUAGCAGUGAGUGGAAUAUCAAAUAUUCACAUUGCA